AACAUUUUAAAAUGUAUUUUUUAGACCUAUUUUUAGUUUUAUAAUAUUUCCCACGUUCUAGAUUUCCCGUCACUGUAUUAUUUCGUGUCAUAGCUUAGUUUUACUGUUAGUUAAAUAAGUGCUUCAGUGGCCAUGGGUCGGAAAUCAUCGACAAAACAAGUUUCGAAGAAAACUGGUGGGAGGGAAAAUAAUAAGUUUGUUCAGCAAAAGCGAAAAGAACUGGCUGUUCUUGUGGAUAAACUACUUAAGUUGACGAGUAUUUUCCAAGCAACAAAUAACGCGGCUAAGAAUUGGGAGCAUCACUUAGAAAUCGAAGGGAUCCUGAAAGAGGUUAGGAAUAUUGAGGCUCCGGUACACGCGAUCAGGCAGGGCUCUCGUCAAGCGAAUAUUGACAAGUACCUCCAUUGGUUAAAGGAAAAUGGAGCGCAAUUUGAAGGGGUGGAUAUCUCUGAGUUUGAAGGCUAUGAUCUGGGUCUUAAAGCUACAAAGGAAUUCAAAGAAGGCUCUCUUAUCCUGACUGUACCGAGUAAGGUGAUGAUGACAGAGAAGGAUGCAAAAGAAUCCCCUCUUUCUGCCUUCAUCUCUGUAGAUCCAUUGCUGCAGAACAUGCCUAACAUCACUUUGGCAUUGUAUCUUUUAUUGGAAAAAAAUAAUCCAGAUUCAUUUUGGAGAUCAUACAUUGAUGUUUUACCUGAAAAGUAUUCUACAAUCCUGUACUUUACAUCAGAAGAGUUGGCAGAGAUAAGGCCGUCGCCGGUCUUCGAGUCAUCUCUAAAGCUGUACAGGAGCAUCGCGAGGCAAUAUGCGUACUUCUACAAUAAGAUACACACCUUAGACUUGCCGGUGCUGAAAGACCUUCAGGAUAUCUUCACAUAUGACAACUACAGAUGGGCGGUGUCAACGGUGAUGACAAGGCAAAACAAUAUCCAGCUGGCCGAUUGUGACGUCACAGCUUUUAUCCCACUGUGGGAUAUGUGCAACCAUGAGCAUGGCAAGAUUACGACAGACUUCAACAAGGAGUUGAGCCGGGGCGAGUGCUACGCGCUACGAGACUUCAAGCAGGGCGAGCAGGUCUUCAUAUUUUACGGUGCUCGCUCCAACGCCGAUCUAUUCCUUCAUAACGGCUUUGUUUACCCAAACAACCAGUACGACAGUUUGUCAUUGGCUCUCGGCAUAAGUGCGAGUGACCCACAACGCGAGACUAAACUAGCGCUGCUGAGCAAGCUGGGACUUGCCGGAGUGACGCACUACAGCCUGUAUAAGGGAGACUCGCCGAUCAGCGCAGAACUACUCGCGUUUAUUAGGAUAUUCAACAUGAAUCCAGAUCAGAUCACGAAGUGGAUGGGCGUGGGCGUGCCCGGGGACUUGGUGUCAGAGCCCGGGACCUCUUCCAUGGUGGAGACAGACAUCGACCGCCGCGCCUACUCCUUCCUCCUCACGCGGUGCAAGCUCAUCAAGUCUGCCUACAAGCUCGGCGAUGCGCCUGAUACUAUCCCUAAGCAAAAAGUGAGGCUGCUAAAAGUAUGCGAAAACGAAGUAUUAGAUAGUGCCAUAAAGUACUUAGAGUCUGCCUUAGAGAAACCAUCGGCAGGCGAAAUGAAACCGUAAUUUAAAUUUAAACUUUUAAAUACUAUUAUAACAUGUACGUGGAGGGUUCCUAUAAAAUAAACCAAAAAAAUAUAUACGUAAAUAUUUCAGGUACCUAAUUGUCUGUUUAUUAAAAAAAUAAUAA